AUGUAUGAAGGAUGCAAUGAGAUGGGAGGGGGUGUCGCCCAAAUUGGGUCAGAGAGAGGGCAACCCGCGCCAAACACUGAGGCGACAGUAAAGAUCCCAGCCCAAGCAUUGAAUAGCCUGAGGCCACGGCCGCCCAGUGCUUGUAGCUCAACGAGAAUGGCUUCGUUGUCGUAUGGAACACAGACCCCUAUAGCUUCUCUGAAAGUCUCUUCCGGUUUUUGGGGCUCGGCGGAGUUCAAUUCGUGCCGUUUGAGCGUUUUGGGGAGUGAUCGGUCUCGGAAUUUCUCCGUGGUGAGGGACAGUGCAGAGAGAAGUGAGGGGGGUGUUGCUAUGGAGACUGUUGGUGACAAUCAGGUUGAAGAUUCACCAGGAAAAUUGGAGGAGCGUGAUUUUACUGGCACACCUUAUGUUCCUGUCUAUGUGAUGUUACCAUUGGGUGUCAUCAAUAUGAACUGUGAGCUAGUUGAGCCAGAAGUUCUGUUAGAUCAACUAAAAGUACUGAAGUCAGUUGGUGUUGAUGGUGUUAUGGUUGAUUGCUGGUGGGGAAUAGUAGAGGCACACAAUCCGCAGGGAUACAAUUGGAGUGGUUAUAAGAGACUUUUCCAGAUUGUGCGUGAUCUUAACCUCAAGUUACAGGUUGUGAUGUCAUUCCAUGAAUGUGGAGGCAAUGUUGGGGAUGAUGUACAUAUCCCACUUCCUCACUGGGUGACAGAAAUUGGUCAAAAAAAUCCUGAUAUAUAUUUUACUGAUAAAGAGGGGAAACGCAACAAUGAAUGUCUCACAUGGGGAAUUGAUAAGGUGCGGGUUUUAAGAGGCCGGACCGCUGUUGAGGUUUACUUCGACUACAUGAGGAGCUUCAGAGUCGAAUUUGAUGAAUUUUUUGAGGGAGGAAUAAUCUCGGAGAUUGAAGUUGGACUAGGUCCAUGUGGGGAGCUACGCUAUCCUUCUUAUCCUGAAAAUCAUGGAUGGAAAUAUCCUGGUAUUGGUGAAUUCCAGUGUUAUGAUCGAUACUUGAUGAAGAAUCUGAAGGAGGCUGCAGAAGCAAGGGGCCACUCCUUCUGGGCCAGAGCACCGGAUAAUACAGGUUCUUAUAAUUCCCAACCACAUGAAACAGGGUUUUUCCGUGACGGAGGUGAUUAUGAUAGCUACUAUGGCAGAUUCUUCCUCAACUGGUACUCCCGUUUUUUGGUUGAUCAUGGUGAUCGUGUACUUGCUCUGGCCAAUUUAGCUUUCGAAGGCACUUGCAUUGCUGCAAAGGUAUCAGGUAUUCACUGGUGGUACAAGACUGCCAGCCAUCCUGCUGAGUUAACCGCUGGAUUUUACAAUCCCUGCAACCGUGAUGGGUAUGCUCCAAUUGCAGCAAUGUUGAAAAAGCAUGAGGCUGCCCUGAAUUUCACGUGUGUUGAAAUGCGUACUUUAGACCAGCAUGAGGGCUUUCCAGAAGCACUGGCAGACCCUGAGGGAUUAGUUUGGCAGGUGCUGAAUGCUGCUUGGGAUGCUAACAUUCCAGUUGCCAGUGAGAAUGCUCUUACAUGCCAUGACAGAGAAGGCUACAACAAGAUAUUGGCAAAUGCUAAGCCCCAAAAUGAUCCAGAUGGCAGGCAUUUGUCAGCGUUUACCUACCUCAGAUUAAGCCCUGUUCUCUUGGAGGGGCAUAACUUCAUGGAGUUCGAACGAUUUGUCAAGAAAAUGCAUGGAGAGCCCGCACCGGAAUCCUGA